ACCCUACAAAACCCUAAACCUAACUUCUCACAACUUCCUCUUCUCCAUCUCUGCGGCGCUGUCGUCUCUUCCUCCACAGCCUCGACGUACCUGACGAUCCGACCUGCGCAGCUGCCGGUGAUAAGCGAAGAUGAGUCGCGGAAGUGCAACAGGCCCCAAGGGCAAGAAGAAGGGAGUUACGUUCACCAUUGACUGCGCAAAGCCGGUCGAGGAUAAGAUUAUGGACAUCGCGUCACUGGAGAAGUUCCUUCAGGAGAGGAUCAAAGUCGGAGGUAAAGCCGGUGCUCUCGGUGACUCCAUUACCGUCGCCCGUGACAAGAGCAAGAUCACUGUUACCUCAGACAGCAACUUCUCUAAGCGGUAUUUGAAAUAUCUGACCAAGAAAUACUUGAAGAAACACAAUGUACGAGAUUGGCUCCGAGUGAUUGCUUCAAACAAAGAUAGGAACGUAUAUGAACUCCGCUACUUCAACAUUGCUGAGAACGAGGGGGAGGAGGAAGACUGAAGAUUCGGAUCAGUUUUCAUUAGUUACUGGUUAUUUCGUUUAUAAUAUUAGAUCCUACUAUAUAUUUUUGGGCAAAUUCUAAGGUUUACUAUAUUAGAUCCUACUAUAUAUUUUAACCUGGUUUUCCCUUUAUGAUAUUGUUAGAUGGAUGGAUUUCCUCAAAUAGAGAUCUUACUUGAGAAAAGAUAUAUUUACAUUACCGUUGCUGAUUAA